UCAGACCUGCGGCCUGUGAGGAUGUCUGCCAUCGCACUGUGUGUGCUCACCGCAGCCGUGUGUGCGUCUGCCACAUCACCAGGCCACGAGUUCCACUUCAGCUACGGGUGCUACCAGUCCGGAGAGGUGCGGGUGGACAUCGUGGUGGACGACGACGUGGUCGGAUAUGCAGAUUUCACAAAGAAGGAGAUGGUGUGGGCGAUACCUCAGCUGCCUGAGUUUGCAGAACAAUUUGAGAAGCGGGCCUAUGAGUUUGCAGAGAGCAGCAUCGCACGCUGUCACAGCGUUUUGGACAAAGCCAAAGCGGCCGAUCCUGGCGCCCCCUUGAGACGAGAGGCUCCAGAGGUCUCCAUCUACACGCGGUAUGAGGUGGAAGGGGGCGUGGUCAACACCCUCUUCUGCCUCGCCAGCCGCUUCUACCCCCCCGCCAUCAACUUUACGUGGGAAAGGAACGGCGUGGAGGUCUCAGAGGGGGCGUCCGCUCUGCGCUACCGUCACAACGCAGACGGGAGCUUCCACAGGAUUUCCACGCUGGAAGUCACCCCUCAGGAGGGGGACGUCUACUCCUGCAGGGUGGACCACGAGGCGUCGGGACAACCCGCCGUCCAGUCCUGGGAGCUGAAGGAAAAGGGAAGAAGUUCUGCCGCCGUGUUCUUUACCUCAAGCCUCGUUCUGAGUCUGAUGGGCAUCGGGACCGGAGUCCUAUUUCUAAUCAAGAAGCCUCAUUAAUGCCUUCCACUGGAGCAGCAAAUAUUUACAUUGUUUCCAGAUGUUUUUUUGUCUGUGGAAUUCUUGUAUACUCCCUGUAGCUCCAGAUGUCCGAGCAUUAACAAUGAUACAUCAUGAUUAGGCAAAAAUGUUAUUUUCAUCCGCAUGGACACAGAUGGGGAGUCAGAAAUUUCAGAUUACAAACUUUGAUGUGGUUAUUCUCAUGAGCACCAACAUCAUCAAAUUGCCAUAAAACUGAGACUCUUCCUGAAUAAUCACAAAACUAUGUUAAUGUUGAUGCUUCAGGUUUAAAAUUUGAAUUUGAAGGUGUUAUUACUACCGGGAAGAGGAAUUUACGUUGUUUAGAUGUGAUCAACAGAACAUUACAUAAUGGUAAAUUAUGGAAAUUAUGUUAAUUCAGGAGAUUACGCUUCAGCACUUAUUGCUAUUGUGAAGCAAGAACUGGGGUGCCAGGAUCAUUAUUACCAGAGGAUGUUCAGUAGGGGAUACAGUUUCAUUUCUUUAAUAAUUACAAUUAAAGAAAACAGAAUGUGAUACUAAUUUCAAAAAUACUUUUUUCAAUUUAUUUAUGAUUUUGGGUGAUUUAAACUAUCAUUCACUGUUCGGUUGAUUGCUUUUAAAAAGUGAGGAAACUUGAGGAAAACAAAUAAAGAACAUUUAGUGAGAGUUCAACCCACAUAAAUAUACCUUUACUAAACUUUUAAAUGACAUUCUGGCCUACAUUGUAGUUUAUUGUGAGAUCCUUACACUUUUAGGCCAUAAAGGAAUAUAUUUUUCCUAUAUCUCUCAAUUUUAAUAGUCUUGUCUGACCAAGAUCACAAGUUUUAAUAACUCAUCCCAAACAUUUUAAACAAAACACGUAGUAAAUUGUAAGCCCCCCAAAAAUUAGUUUUUCUCAGAUGUUGGAAAAAGAAGUAAGACAUUAAA